CUGUAAACGAGGAAGGAAAGCAGACCACUACUCACUCCUGACCUACCACCGCUACGAAGCAGUCAACGUGAUAUCGUCAUGGCGUUCCUACUGAAACGGCUGUCGAACAAUCAGAUACUGGUGCACAUCUUGGCAACGUUAUUUGGAAUUGGUACGUGGCUGCCGGUAAAUGGAAUGUACGUCCAGUUGCCACUGCUCGUCCAGACACAGCCAGAAGGAUGGAACCUGCCCUCGUACAUUUCUAUCAUCGUACAAAUUGCAAACAUUGGGCCCAUCCUGUACGGACUGUCGCAGAAAUUUCUCCCAGGGAAGUUGAGAGAUAGCUUCAUUAUUUACGGUACACUAACAACGGGUACUAUUGCACUCUUGCUGAUGGCACUGCUGUAUAGGGAGACGACGUACUUUGGGGCUGAGGAACACAGCACACCCUUCUUGGUACUGACGUUUUUUUGUGCUCUUGUUGGCUGCACCAGCCUCGUGCUCUUCAUGCCAUUCAUGAGGAACUACAAAGAAAUAUAUCUUAUAUCUUACUUCGUCGGAGAGGGCCUCAGUGGUUUUUUGCCAAGUGUGCUCGCCCUUAUACAAGGUGUUGGAGGCAACCCAACGUGUGUGAACCAAACCGUCGUAAAUACUACUAAUCCUGACGAUUCCUAUACCGUACUCGUGUCGCACAUACUGUCACCUAAUUUUUCAACCACUGUCUUCGUCCUAAUCAUGUUCGCAAUCCUCGUCAUCAGCACCGUCUCUUUCGCACUUUUAAACAACCUGAAAAGCUGUAAGGCUGAGAGAGUUAAAUCACAAAUGGUGCCAUGUAAAGUUUCCACCAGGGACGACAACGCUUCAGAAGCAUCGAGCGACCAGACAGAGGGGCACGGCCUGCCGCUUUCCCGCUGUACCUACGGCUAUUUGAUGGUGCUAGUGUCCAUAGUGGCUGCGUUCGGACACGGAGUGUUUCCCAGCAUCCAGUCGUACUCCUGCCUACCGUACGGCAAUGUCGCCUACCAUCUGGCGGUAACUCUGUCCGCCAUUGCGAACCCACUGGCGUGCUUCGUACAGUUCUUCCUGCCGAGGACCUCAGUGAGAGCGAUAUCUGGAAUCGCAGCGGUGAGCGCCGUUUUCGCCGCCUACGUCGUCGUCACAGCACUCAUGAGUCCGGCACCACCUCUGGUUGGCCACACGAUUGGUGAAUUCCUCGUGGUCAUAUCGUGGAUAAUCUUCACCGGCGGAAUUUCGUACAUCAAGAUGGCGAUAGCGUCCAUUUUCCGGUCAGAAGGAGGCCGCAGUCUGUUCUGGUGUGGCGCCGUGCAGCAGCUCGGCUCUGCCACAGCCUCUGUGGUCACUUUCAGCGUUGUGAACUACGCUGACAUCUUCCACUCAUACACGCCAUGCUGAACUACUGUAUGGGCAGUGUCUUGCCCAGUGAAUAAACGUGUCACAAUGCUGUGAAACUGCAAAUAAUGGUUAAAGCUAGAAAUAAAUCUCCAUACUACAUAUAUUCUGACAUUUAAAAUACAUAAUAUGCAGAGUGCUGUAAAAGACUCAAUAUUACUGCAUAAAAUUCGUUGGGGUAAGAAAACGAACAAGAAGUAGCGCACAGUGUGACCUAAAAGGUUGUGGAUAUGAAACGCUUUCGCAUGCCUUCAUUUCGCAUGCCUAGCCUCCUAAAUGCUGUCAGCUCCACAUAUUAGAAUCUCCGCAGCUUAUCUGUUUUCACUAGUAUUGACCAAGUUUGUUUUGUUUGUUUUCUGUAGUUCAGCUUUACAACAUAUUACAAUAACCUACAACUAAUUAGGGAUAUUUAACACAAUGUAUAUUUUAAUACGGUUGGGUGCUGAUCAUUUACAGAUGAGACUGUAUGAUGGCAAAAACACUUAAUUUACAAAAAGAAGUAAUCAUGUAUUUAUUUUACACUGCAUAAACCACAAGCUGUGAAAUGGAAAUGAAAUAAGAGAAGGAGUAAAGAAGAAACUAUUUUACUUCCUAUUAAAUUUAGUUUUACUUCCUAUUAAAGAUUAUAUAUCUGGGUAAGUUGUCGAAGAAUUUACGUGCAUUGUUAUUCACUUCCUCCUGAAUUAGUCAGUUCUAAGCACCAGUACUGACAGUCGUUUUAUUACCAAGUACUGAAAGUAUGGACAUCAUACACA